AUGAAGUUCCUCAGUAUCCUCAGCUUGGGCAUGAUUGCCACGGCUGUUGAUGCAGCUUAUCCCAACCCUGGCAAUGGCCCCGCGGAUGCUUGCUAUACUGCUGUUGCGAAGCCCAACAACAAGCAACGCACUAGCGACUGCAAGUCAUUUCUUCUUACAACGGUAACUCCCAAGAAGUCCACCAUUUACAAGACAACUACAAUCACCAGAAAGACCCCGACCGUUACCAAGUCAAUCACUGUCACCAGCACCUUGUCCGCAAUCGCCACCAGUAUUAGUUCUGUCGUACAGACUGUCACGGACAACAUCGUCGUUACGCGAACCGUCGAUCAUACCAAGACCGUGACAGAGCAGACAACAACGACAAUCACAACCGAUGUUGCCGAUCCUGCCCCGACUGUUAAGCGCAAGCGCUCUGUAUCUCGUAUCCCAGAAUACCUAGACAACCUGUGCACCAACUCUGCUCAGUACUCGUCGGCUUGCUCCCGCAUUGGGGUCACAGCUAAGACAGUCAGCGGCCCUCGCGUUACUGUCGUUUCCAAGAUUGUGCGCGUCAAGAUCCCGCGCGCCACCACGGUCCGAACGACUGUCAGCACCACCUGGGUCACUCAGACAGUCAAGACCACCGUCGUCUUAAAGACUUACAGUACCGAAGAAGUCACCAAGACUGUCGACGUCGUCACUGACGAUGUCACCGUUGCGACAAAGACCGUCACCGAAACCACUACAAAGACAGAAGCAUCCAAUCCGUUGGAAACAGUCAAAUUGCUUGCAGUUGGUAGCAAUGACCCUGUCCUACAGGGUAUCGGCUUCUCGAACCUCGAGUCCAACCAAGGAAGUAGCAGCAGCUUUUACAUGACCUUCACCUCUGUUCUUUCGAAUCAGCAAUACACUAUACACAAGGUCACUGGUGAAGUCAAGGCGCUCAAUGGACCAGGCAAUGCAGCCGGCCAGUUUGGUUCAUACAACUUCUCUCCCGGAAGUGGUAAUCCCUAUGGCCCUGCCAUGAUACAAGCUAAAGGUGGUGUCCCGCCCUUGAAAAUGCCGAAAAACAGGCCAUCGCAGCAAAAACGAAACGAGGCGAAACACGAAGAAUGGGCUAAAGAACGGCGCGAAAGAGAGUUGCACGAGCACGAGACUGCUAAAGCAGUAGCAGACAAUGACAAACUUGAAUUUGGAGCCAAGAUUGAUGAACUGGCCAAGAUUCGAAAAUGGUUCUCCGGCGACACACCAAUUCUAGACCAAUACCUGGGCGGAUCAUUGACUCUUGCAGAGACAGUAGAUACCAUUGCGAAACCGAUAGACGUAUCAUACUCGAGUGCUGAUUUCGGCCGAAAAUAUUACGAGGAGGAGAUGUGCGCUCGGACACAACGCGGGUUUCACAGUCCUGAGAAAGCAAUUGAGCUUUGGGGACCCGAGGAGGAUUAUCCAGAACCUCGAGAAGAAUGGGAUCCAUUAAAGUCCACUGAAUCGCAACUAUGGGUCCUAUGGUUUUCGAUUCUUCACGCAGCGAAACGUAUUACCUUUACAGAUGAAGCGCAACAACAGAAACUAGUUGAUCUGGUCAAAGCCUUCAAAGAGCGUCCCAAUCCACCGCCACCUGAACCAAUGACGAUCCCAUUAAAAAGAAGUUGGAUUUGGGAGUCUGGUACACUGUGGACGGAUUUAACUGUUCUGGGUAUCUCGGUUUCAGAGACCUUCAACGAUGUGUGCGGUUGCGGAGCAGGUUGGCUUUGGCCAGAACAGCGGGCCUGCGAAAAUCUUUACGCUUUCAUGGCUAGACUCACCUCUGAAGGAAUCAACCUCGCCAGAAUCGGACUAUCAUGUGUCAAUGCACUGGAGCAAACUCCCUUCCCAGGAUACAGGACAUUCCCCGCGCCGCCUAUCAGCGAAGUACUCAGUUAUGACGUGACUUGUGCGGCGCUUUGGACUAUCAUCGCUGGCAAGGAAGUCUAUAGUGUAUAUUCAGACACUCGGGAUGAAAGGGAUAUACAAGUGGUGGACAGAAUUAUCGGUUUGAGAGACAACAAGUUACCUUGGAAAAGGUCAUUGAACAAGUACAAGGGACGGGCACGCUGGGAAACUGCACGGAAGGAAUUUGCGCGACGACGGUUUGAAGAGGAAUCAAGAAACGAGGAAUUAUCGGCAGAAGUUCGCGAGUUGGCAGCGAAGGCUGCGCAGGCGAUGAUUCCAUUAAUCUGGCUUCAAGGACAAAAGACUGAUAAAGAAUAG